AUGGCUACACUCAAAUUCGCGCCAUGGCAGAGCGACGUCGACGUGCAGUUCUACGCUGCCCUCGCAAACAUCAAGAUCAACCAUGACAAGCUUGACGACUCGGCACGCAAGGUCCUCGGCCUGUACGAGGUACGCGCAGGCGAUUCUCCGGGGCGCUCCAACCGCAUCCAGAUCCACCCAAACGCACUGACAUCGGAUGACACUCCACCAAACUUCUGUCGCGCCGAGGGUAUCAUCAAGAACUGUAACACUAUCGAAGACUACAAGAACCUGGAUAGGACUCAGAUCUUGGAGCGAUGCGCGAGGACGACAUGGGAAGCGAUACACGACGGAUCUAUAUACGAGUGCCCCUCCCUCCUUGCCGCUUUCACUCUCAUCACUUUUGCGAACCUCAAAAAGUACAAGUUCACAUAUCACUUUGGCUUCCCGGCUAUACAGUCAGACCCGCAAUGGAAGCAAGUCAGAGAAACUGGCAGAUUCACUUCACGAGAGACAGUGCAGCUGGUGGAUGCUGUGCAGACGUGGAAGUACCGCUCUGACGCGCGUCAGCGGGGCCUUUUCCUCGCAAAGAAGGUCCGCUCAAAUCCACCCGACGAGGAUCCUGAAGGUCCCCCUACAACGCCUAUCGAUGAGUUGGGGUACCGAUGGGUGAUCGGUAGCUUAUCCUCAUACGAGAAGGACUUCUUUGAGGAUGUGAACAAGGAAGACCGAUUUGUAUGCUUUGCUGAUCCUUCAACCUAUGACGAGAAUCCCAGUUGGGUACUGCGAAACCUGCUGAUUCUCAUCCGCUAUCGAUGGAAACUGAACAGUGUCCAAAUUCUGUGUUAUCGGGACACACACGUCCGACGAGAGGAGGCCCGUUCCUUGAUACUGCAGCUUGAGUCUCCACCUGUUGAAUCAGAACUUUCAUCCGAAGACUCCACCGUCCGGUUACCCAAAUUGCCCAAGGUGACUGGCUGGGAAAGGAAUGAAAACAACAAGUUGACGUCCCGCACCGUGGACCUCUCCGAAUACAUGGAUGAGCGGAAACUCGCCGAUCAAGCUGUAGACUUGAAUCUCAAGCUGAUUAAGUGGCGCAUAGCUCCCACCAUUGACCUCGACGUUAUCAAGAAUUGUAAAUGUUUGUUGCUUGGCGCCGGCACGUUAGGCUCUUACGUCUCACGAACACUGAUGGGUUGGGGCGUACGAAAGAUUACCUUUGUUGACAAUGCGACCGUGAGCUUCUCAAAUCCGGUACGGCAGCCUCUGUUCGAUUUCAAAGACUGCCUCCAAGGGGGCGCCAAGAAAGCAGAACGAGCAGCGGAAGUACUGGAAGAAAUUUAUCCUGGUGUUGACGCGAAGGGCUAUGUGAUGGAAGUGCCGAUGGCAGGUCAUCCUAUGACCGAUGAGGCCAAGACGAAGUCGAAUUUUGAGCAGCUCGAAAAACUUAUGGAUGAACAUGACGCCAUUUUCUUGCUGAUGGACACACGAGAAAGCAGAUGGCUGCCUACUGUGAUGGGCAAAGCAAAAGGCAAGAUCGUCCUCAACGCGGCUCUAGGAUUCGACACUUUCGUGGUCAUGCGACAUGGCCUCAAACCCACCCAGAAAGGGGAAGGCGAGGAAGAGCUGGGCUGCUAUUUCUGCAAUGAUGUUGUGGCCCCAGCAGAUUCCUUGAGCAAUGCUACAUUAGACCAGCAAUGUACAGUGACUCGACCAGGUGUCGCGCCUCUAGCUUCAAGCCUCGACAAGGUACUCGAUCUCUACCAGAAAGAUUCUUGGAACUUUGUGCAGAAGGCACUAAACGAGAAGGGCUGGGUUGAAGAAAUGUCAGGUCUUGCUGAAGUCCAGAGGAAGGCUGAUGAGGCUGCAGCCGAGGUGGAUUGGGAUGAGGAGGGCGACUUUGAAGAGGAGGGAGAGGGCGAGCUGGUGUAG